AUGACAUCCUUGGAAAAUGUGGUACAAAAAUGUGUUGAUUUUGCACUUCCUGUGUUCGAGAAUGCAGGUUCAAAAGAGAACAUCAUGGAUGAAUCACUGGAUCAGAAUUCUUUCCCCGCAGAAUUUUUACGAUUAGAAUGGGAGCCCUUGAUUAAACAGGAUGUUGCCGUAACUAAUUUGGAUACGUUGGUGGACGUGGUUUUGAAGAGACUUAUCACUGAUACUUUGGUGAUGGAGACAGAUCCUGAAGAUGAAGAAGGCAUUGAGCAGGAGAAAAGAACUCCAGGCAGGAAUAUGAGGCACAGGUUUAACAUCUGUGCAGGUGUACUUGAUUUUUGCUUCCACUCAAGACGCUAUAGAAAGACUUGUGGUCUAUGGUGCAUUUCAUUCUUUGGUCUCUUCAGCACGGUGACAGAUCUGUUGGCAUGGCCUUGUUCAUUGCUUGAAUUCUGGAGAUAUCCGGAGUCACGAAUGGAGUGGUUUAAAAUGGGAAAUAGCUUAGAUCUUUUGCCUCCCGGAACGACUAACCUGACUAGUUACAAACAACCACUUUUUGAUAAGUUGCGUCAUUGGAAUGAUACCUUAAACACCGUUCAAAACAACACAUUCUUAAAUACGCCUCUACAUUAUGAGAUGAAAUUCAAGCUUGAAAAGUUCGUGUCAGAACUUCUGCCGAUUUAUGAAGAGUCAAAUUUCAAUAGAUCUGCGCUGAUUUCUAAUAAGCAAAGCUCGGGAAAUUCCUGGAACAAAACAAUUACCAGCUCAGCAAAAACAGACAAUUCUUCCGAAAAUGUUUUUGCCACAGACUAUAAUUAUGUUUUUGACAAUUUGCUUAGCUGCCCCUUGGAGUUUCUCUACAAGCCACUGGAGUUUAAGAUUGAAAUGGACAAAUUACUGACGCCUUUGCUCGAUGCAAUUUUUGAAAUUGAGGAAGAUUUUUAUAAAAAUUUGAGAAGAUCGCAUGGCAAGCUUUCUGAUAUUAAUGAAAUGCUAAAUUCUGGGUUCCCGGUUAAUUUCGAGACUAUGCCAAAAAAGGCUCCAAGGUAUAUGAGAAUCUCCAAGAAAAUUAAUGAUGAAAGGGCCGACUAUUGGAAAGAGUAUAUGAAGCUUGAUGAGUCCAUUUCAUCUAUGGUUCAGCCAACUUUAUUCGAUAUAUCAAUAUCUAACUUGAACAGCCUCUAUCAACAAAUGAUGAGAUUGGAGAACGAUUUUUAUCGGAAACAAUUUUUAAUGCAGUUGUAUUUUUCAGUCGCAUUAAUUCGAAAUAUUCUAACUUCCAAAGAGGUAGAAAAUUAUUACAAAAGCUGCUACCAGAAAGAGAAACCAUCUAAGAGCGUAAAUUUUGCAAAUCUAACUGAUGGAAACCUCAAGAAGACACUGGCUUUGUGCAGUCACAUAAUUGAUAAUCGGAUAGUCAAGUUUUACCAGUCUCGGGAUGGGCAAUUUCUGUCAAUACUUCAAAAUUUUCUUGCUUCUGAUAGCGAUUAUCUGAAAUCAAAGGUAGAUGGCUUCAAACAAUUUCAAAACUUCAAGAACAAUAACGAUCCGCUGGAAAAAAUAGCUUCUGAUGAAACGUUUAAAAAGUUUGGGUUUAUAAAAUUAGGGAACAAAGCAAUGAGCAAUGUUUGGAAGAUUAGUACGGGACUUGAAUUGAUAGAUAAAAAGCCUUUGACAGCAGAAGAUCACUUCGAGAUUUUGCGAGAAAAAUGGAAUUUAAUGUCAAAUGAUAAGAAUGAUAUUAUUCAAGAGGACGAGAUUGUUAAGCAGUGGCAGAGUUUGCGCUCCUUAAGGUCAAAGUACUUGUUCUCUUUCAACGAUGUUGACGAAACAGUUGGUAUUUCAGGCUUAUUUGAUGCCACUCUUAUACAGGAACAGUCUAAAGAUAAGGAAGCUGCACUGGAACGUCUAAAAGCAAAGCUGAAUUCUGCUCAUCGUAAAAAACUGAAAGAGGCACGAGCAUACAUGGAACAGAGACAAAAAAGGACACGUCCCUACGGUGCAGAGCCAGAGGAGACCUUAAAUAAGAAGCUGAAGCCUGAUACACAAAUGAAAGAGGAACAAGGUGAGGAUAGUUCAAUUGAUAUACCUAUGGCAGAAAGCACGAACUCAAUGGGAAAUUCUCAGAUUAUUGCAUCUCAAGUCUCAAAGGAAUCAACUGCUGAGGGGACAUCAAACGAUUCAGUACCACUCGUGUUGCAUCAUGCCCAAACAAUUCAUGAACAAAGUGGAGAAAAGCAUGCUGAUGGUCCAGAGUUAAUGGUUCAGAUGCCAACAACUGGACCGACUAUUAAUUCAGAGAGAAUCGUGAUAACAGACAGAUAUGAGAAAUCGCAAAACCAGAACGAGGGUGAAAUUUUACACAAAAGCGUGGAUGAGAGGGCGAUUGAAGACAAGUACAUGCCCGUAAUCCACGAGGAUAAGAAAAGUAAUGAGAAAGAGAUAAGAGAAAAUGCAUCUCAAGGUGAGGACAGAGAUCCGGAAAUUCGUAAUGUUUCCGGACCCAUUGUGGGGAGUAAUGCCCUUGAAAAGCCUGACUUAGGUGAUCCAAGUGGCCCAGGCAUCAGCAAAUUGUGA